GAUAUCUGAAAACGAAUAUACAAUAUUUUUAAAGUGAAGUUAGCUGCCCAAAUACCCUGCAUAUAGUAUCCAAAGUGAGCGAGACAGAUGCAUAAAUAAACAACGCGCACAACAGUGACAACAAAUAUCUCCCGCUUCUCUCUUGUCAGUUGUGGACUAACUUCGUAUACAUUAGAAUUUGGAGCUAGUUAAAUACAAAACGUAGUAGCAAUACAGUAUGUUAUAAACUAUACUGUUGUGAAAACGUUUAUUAUUAUACAAAUAUGGAAGGUAAGAAAAUUCUUUCUAGUAGUGUGAUACAAAUUAAAAACGUGACCCAUGCUAACGGCACAGUAAGCGUACAGUUUGGUGGACAGUCAAUAGAAUUCGAGAGUAUUUGGCUCAGAGAUCAUUGCAGGUGUUCAAAAUGCUAUCGCUCCGAUACAUUCCAAAGAGUGUGGCAUAUAUUGGAAAUACCAGACUCAAAAAUUGCUGUGCUAACAUUUGAUAAGGAUCACAUUUAUGUCACUUGGGAUGAUGAUCAUAAAUCUAUUUAUAAGUCUGAUUUCUUAAUACAAUUCGAUUACAAAACAUGGAAAAACAAACUCAGACGUAAGCCCGUGUUGUGGUAUGGAAAAAAAGUGGCUGAGAACAUCGCAAGAAUUUCGUGCAAUGAUUUCCUAAAUACUAAAGAUGGCGCUAGUGCAGUAUUUAAGUCUAUAUUGGAUUAUGGGGUUGCCUUAAUAGAAAAUGUUGAUGCAACAGUGGAGGCCACUGAAGAUAUAUGCAAAGCAUUAGGAGGCGUACAACACACGAUGUUCGGAGGCAUGUGGCUUGUACAUACUAAAUUUGACCACGCAGACACCGCUUAUACUAACAUACCACUAGCGACUCAUACUGAUAAUACUUAUUUCACUGAGGCAGCUGGACUACAGAUUUUUCAAGGACUAGAACACACUAAUGGUAGCGGCGGUGAAACGAUACUGGUCGAUGGUUUUUACGGUGCACAACGUUUGAAAGAAGAAUAUCCCGAGGAUUAUGAAUUUCUUACGACAUUUGAAGUUGACGCUGAAUAUUUAGAAGACGGUCAUCACCACAGAUAUUCCGCACCAGUUAUUAUCCUUAACGAAAACAAAGAUGUUAAACAAAUAAGGUUUAACGUUUACGAUCGUACUCCAAUGGCUUUCGCUAGUCGUAAACAAUGUAGAGCUUAUUACCGAGCGCUGAAACACUUAUCAAAAUAUUACGAAAAUCCCUCAAAUCAAUGGAAGAUAAAACUUACUCCAGGUGUUGUGAUAGCAAUUGACAACUUUCGAGUACUACACGGUAGAACCAGCUUUACUGGCAACAGAGUGCUUUGUGGUAGUUACGUAGCGCGGUCAGAUUGGUUAGACAAAGCGCGUACAUUACAACUUAUCGAGUAAUUUCAAUAAAUCUUUAAAGUAUGG